CGAGCUGCACAUGGUUUGCUUUCAGUCUUCUGCAGCAGACGGAGCUCGGGUUGUGGAGCGCAUUGCUGGUCCUCAUUGCGAAAUAGCUCCUGUGAAACAGCGACUUCGAACUUCUGGCAAAGUUUUCUUUCGCUUUAAAAAUGUCUACAAACUGCCAUCAAAGCAAAAGCUGUCCGAUCCCAACCAAAGUUCUGCUGAAGGAUUUGUCCCAAUUGCCCGACCUGUACUGCAGUACCCCGGGCGGCACCUUGUUUUCCACCACCCCAGGAGGUACACGGAUUGUUUAUGGACGCAAAUUUUUGCUAGAAUGCAGAAAUUCUCCACUUGCUCGGACACCGCCUUGUUACCUUCCUCAGAUCCCAGGUGUAACUCUGCCUCAACAUUCAACUUUAACCAAAGUUGAAGAACUUAAAGAACAAGAAAGUGAAUCAGAAAAAGAAGCUCCAGCUGAUGAUGCUCAGUUUGAGAUGGAUAUUUAAACCACCCUGGAAGAAGAUUGUUCUCUUGACAGAAGCACAUGUGUUUAUUGAGGAGCAAUACACCAUCCUGAAAACAGAUGAGGCUGAUAACUUCAGCAGUGGAAAUAUAAUCAUUUGUAACUUGUGAUUUUAAAGUUGGGGAAGGGCAGACUUUUUAGGUGCUUUGUUUUAUGUUUGGUGCUGUUUUUCUGUAGGAAGUUGUAUACAUUUUUUAAAAUUUUCAAGUUUACUACUUUAGUCCAGAUACAAUGGCUUUUUUGGUCCUUAAUUCCAACUUUACAAGUUUUUAAUUAGCUGUAAAGGAGUCAGUGGUCCAGACAUUUGUGCAGCAGCAAGAUUGGUGACGAGCUCUGUCUAGCACAUUGAGCUGGAAACUACUCAAUAUUUUCCUACAGUGCUAAUAAGAAUAUACCUCAUUGGGCAUACUGAUGUAAUGAAAAAGCAUUCAGUGGGCAACACACUGAUUUCACUGUUAAUGUGGUGGUAAUUGAAAUGCUGAAGUCUAUAGAAAUGUUGCAUUAUUACCAUCUUGUACAUGAGAUUCUUAUAUUUAUGGUGUGAAAUUUUAAAUAAAGACAAAGUUUCCACAUUUACAGUAGCAGCUUUCAUCACCUCAGUAUAUUCAAGGUCCUUUAGAACAAUGGUACUUUUAGAAAUGCUGCCACUAUUGUAAUACAGGGAAUUCACAUGUAAUAAGCCUGCCUCUGAAUAAAUCAUGUACUGUGAGCCCACCAGCACCAUGAGUUUUAGGUCUAAGUAGCAGGAGAGACCAAACUGACCUAAAUUCAAGACAGUAAUGAUGGUUAUCAUGGAUUUAAAUGGGGUCAAGCUGUGAUAAUUACAGUCUAAUGGUUUUUGAUGGAGAUAAUUCCAGGAUAUUACAAAAUUCCCAAGAAUAUAUGGAGUGGCAUGAUUAACGGCAGAAAUCUCACACCCUAUUAUUUGCUAUUUGAUAUGCAUUGUUCUGGAGUCUAUACAUUAGUACAAAUCAUCAAGACAAUCAAGGCCAAAAUCCCCAUGAGAAACAUGCCCAGUGUUUGGGUCUGACAGUUGAUGCCAUGCAGCAAGUCAAUAAAGGAAAAUUUAUUUUGUGACUUAACCAUUGUAACUUUCAAAUUGUAACUGCAGUUAGAGAAACAAGGACUUUUUCUAGGUCAUCCACACACUAUACUGUUAGGGCCUCAGAUAAUUUUGAAGUUUGCAGAUGGUAUGAAAUUCAGGAAUAUGGUAAACAAUGAAAAGGGUAGAAAAUGACUUCUCUGCUUUAGAUGUGUCUGAGGAAGAAUUUCAUGUAACUCUGCCAGAUUGUUUGAGGCCUACUGUAUUUCCUUAGAAGCUGGGCAUAUCUUGGCUUGGAUGUUCAGCUGUUUACAACUGUUACAAUUAAAUCAGGGAAAUCCUGGAAAGCUAUGGACUUUUUCAUGAUAAAAGAUCCCAGGCAUUUUCAGUCCAGUUGGAGUGCAUACAGUUUGCAGGUUUUAAAUACAGGAUCUAUCACAAGCAUGUAGAAUUGACAAGUGUAGCCCUACCUCCAGCCAGCAGUGUGGAAUUGGGUCUUUGCAGCUGUACCCAUUUUGUGGAAUGUGGUGUGGUGAAAAGUGACAGAAUCCCCAUCCAUGCUACAAAAAAUGUGUUGUCUUCCAUUUUCUUUUGAAUAUCAAGUAGUAACAUCUUCUCACUUGCUGUUUUGAAGUGGUUAACCAGUAAAUUGAAUUCUUUGUCAUAGGUGUUGAUGGUGUCAAUUUGUGAUGAUACAGCAUGAUUAAUGCUGAUAUUUUGUACUGUGAUAGUUAGUUUGCAGCCAUAAUUUUUAGAUUCAUCUCUGGCAUGUGAGUGUCACUGGCAAGGUCAGCAUUUAUUGCCCAUCCCUUCUUGCCCUUGAGAAGGCAUUGAUGAGCUGCCUCCUUGAACUGCAUGUGGUGAGGUUACUCCUACUGCUGUUGGGCAGGGAGUGCUAGGAUUUUGAUCCAGCAGUGUCGAAGGAAAGGCAAUGAUCCCAGGAUAUUGCAAUGAGGACUGUGAGUAUUCAGUGUUUACCAUUACCUACAUUCUGAGUACCCCAGUGAACACCCCCGAAGUAAAGAGCUUAAUCAGUUCUACACAAUAUUUAACAGCAUUUUACACUGAACUCCAGACUUCCAACAUCAAUGUCAUGGAGAAUCACUACUGACCAGAAACUCAGCUGCAUCAGCCACUAAAAUGCCUGAUAAUAGAUCAGUUCAGAGACUGGAUUUUCUGCAGAGGGUGACCUUUCCCGACUCAUCUCUCUGCCAUCUGCAAUGCACAAGUGAGCAAUGUGCUGCGAUUCUCUUCAUUUAUCUGGACUAGUGCAACUGCAAAAGCACUCAAGAAACUCAAAACCAUCCAGACAAAACAGUCUAAUUAUUUGGCACCUCGUCCUCAGCUAAAAUUCCACCUCUAUGCUACUGAUGUACUGUAGGUGCAGUGUUUACAGCUUUUGGGGAGUUCGCCCCUCUUUCUGAUGGACAAGGACAGUAGGUGCAUGGAAACACCCAUCUCCAAGUCCUUUUCUGAGCCUCAGACCAUCCUGAUUUGGACAUAUAGUGUUGUUUCUUCAUCCUCACAACCAAGAAAUGACUAUAAAUGACAGCUUUGCCAGGAAUGCCACAUGCUGAUAAUAAAUAGUAUUUUAAAAAAGUGCAAAGCCGAUGCUGGUUAAUGAGUCUUGGAAGGUCCUGCAACUAUAGAUGUUUCUGUUAACCUAUACAUGCACUGGGAAUUUAGGGCACGGUAGUUUGACACCUCCAAAAUGGAGAGAAAUUAACAGUGUAGAACAAAGAAAUUUAUCAGAUCAUGAAAUAUGUUUACUAACCAUCAUGACAGAACUAGUAGAAGUAAGCAUAUGAAUCCAAGCAAUUAAGCUUUGUUAGCCUAGAUGUACAGAGUUUAUGAAUGUUUCAUUCGUCAGAUUUAGGCUGUCUGGAGUUGGGAGGAAUAUGUUAAGUCUGACCCAUUGACAUUAAGUUCCAUCUGCUGGAAGUCUGCCCAUUUCAGCCCAUUUCACCAGUCUAUGUGCUGUUGAAGCCACUUAGUAACUUCCUCAUUGUUUAGUACAUUCCUGAACUUCAUAAGAAACAUAGAAUGUAGUAAAAUUAAAAUUUGUUAUCAAAAGACAAAAUCCAGUCAUAUGCUAGUUGUCUCCAGACAUCUAUGCAGAUGUUUCUUUUGUUGCUUUCUCCUCAUUUGAAGGACUUGCUGCCUUGCCUGCUUUUCCCCACCCUUGAAGAUGAGCAUAGGCUAGAAACUGAUUAUAACCCAAGGAAAUUGCCUGGGGAGACCAAUGGGUAGGGAGCUAGAGACAGGAAUGAAAGGGUCUCCAAUCAGCUGUAAGGAAGGAUUUUUUCCCCCUUGAAAUAAAAACAGAAAACACUGGAAACAUGCAACAGUCAGGCAGCAUCUGUAGAAAGAUGAAAAAACUUUGACGUGAAACAUUAUCUCUGUUUCUCUUUCCACAGAGGUUCCCUGAUCUGCGGAGUGCUUCCAGCAUUUUCUGUUUUUAUUUCAGAUUUAUAGCAUCUAGGUUUUUUGAUUUUCUAUUUUAAUCUUAAUACCAUUGUAGCGGGAGAUUCUGGACCAAGACCCGUUCGUAGAUGAAAUAGGCUUCCACUUGGGUUUGGAUUGUGAUUUAAUUUUAAUGUCUAAAUAUGUUGGGACGCAGAGGGUAAAAGGAAUGGGAAUUCUAGUCAGUGAUGUAGCUUGUUGACCAAUCUUUCUGCUGAUGUAACAGGCCUUCUAUAUCAUAGCCAGAACUUCUGCCCACCUCAGGUUUUGAUGUAAACUUUCAAUGGCAGUUCUUGAUAGAUUCCUAUUAUUCUUGUAUUGAAAUUGAUUUUUAAAAAAAUUUUAUUUACAGCGUGGUAACAGGCCCUUCCGGCCCAACGAGUCCACGCUGCCCAUUUUAAACCCCAAAUUAACCUACCCGUAUGUCUUUAGAAUGUGGGAGGAAACCGGAGCACCUGGCGGAAACCCACGCAGACACAGGAGAACGUACAAACUCCUUACAGACAGCGACGGGAAUUGAACCCCGAUCACUGGCGCUGUAAUAGCGUCGCGCUAACCGCUACGCUACCGUGCUGUCCAACACGAUAUUUGUUCAACAGGAUAUUGCCCCAACUUGACUUCCUGAUAUUCCUCAACUUCCACCCUCUGUGCCCCCAGGGAUUGAGAUAUCAAAAAUAAACUGUCAUCCAGUUCCACGAAGGGACACAGAUGACAGCAGCUGUGAUGCCCAGAUCUGGGCCUAUCCACCUUGUACUUUCACACCAUCACACCCUGCACUAUACCCACAAUCACUUAACAAAGAGCAUAUCUCAGGCCCUAAGGAACUACAAAGGUUACCAGAAUUUUUAAUUCUGCCAUUGCUGAGGUUUUUGUGCUUUUCUGGCUAUCUAUAUAACUUAUGACUUGUCACAAGAGUAUUUAUGAUGAAAUAUUCUCCUGCAGUUUCCAUUUUCCAGAUAUGUUACAGAACUUAUUGAGCCUAUUUUAGGAUUCAUGAUUAUCACACCAUUUUAAUCUUAUUCAAUGCAGAAAAUAAAAACUGUUGUUCAGUGAUUAAAAUAUAAAAGCUUGGAGGAUAAUCAACUUUCCAACCCUCGGCUGAUCUGAAAAAAUAUUUUACUCUGCAUCAUCUCUGUAGAACUUUUCACAUUCAAUAGCUUCCAGCAGAAAGUAACAAGUAUUAAGUUUAAAAUAACUCCAAAUCCAAAAUUAUUAAUGGUUUGUCAGCAAAUUAAAUUUUAGUUUAGCAAAGCAAGAUCCAUUUUGCAGCAUGUUUCUCUUGAUGACACCUAACUGUUCCUUUGGAAUAUGUAUCAAGCAAUGUAUUUAAAUACUAGUUACCUGUACUGUGUGCUGUAAUGAUUGAACUGGUGCCACUCAACACUAUUGGAAGCAUUUCUUAACACUUUACAGGAUAGAAAUUAGAAAAUCUUGGUUAUUGGAAUUAAAAACAAAAUUGAAAUUGUGUAUUCAAAUUGUCUUUUCUUAAAAUGCCAGUUAUGGAAGUUUAUCUAAGGAAACAGAUAAUGAAUCACACAUAAUGUCAAUUUUGUCUCAACUCCAAAAUUAAAUGAUGCAAUGCAAUGACAUGCAGGGACUCCACCAUGUAGAACUUGCCCUCUGUUCCUGCACAAGACGAGUUUCUGAUCUUGGUAAGGUAAUUAAAGAUCAAUUUGGAGAAGACAUGGAAAAAUAAGAGUGUUUGUCAAAUUUUAAUCUUGUAAUGGCUGAUAGUGGAAUAUUAUGUCAGUGACUGUAGAGCAUGUUGAGCCUAAAAUAAUAAAAAAUAACCUAUGAAUCAUAUGACUUAGAAAGUUUUACUAUUUUCAUUAUCCACACAAUAUCUAGCAAGUCUAGUAAGUAAUUGGUAGGUAGGUCUCAAUCUGAAAUUUAGCUUAAGGUUUAGGGCUCGAUGUACACAUUGUUCAUGCAAAAUCAAAAAAAAGCAUUGCUCUGUUGGUUACUGGGUGUCUUCCUGCCAGUUGCUAACAUUAUGUCCACAUUUGUGAAUGAGAUACUUGUGUACAUUAUCCUUGGCUUCCUUACAAGAUAGUGAAAAAGUUGCCCCUCAAGUCCAUUUUAAAUCUUUCCCCUCUCACCCUAAAUCUAUGCCCCCUAGUCUUGGACUCCGCCACCCUGGGGAAAAGACUGCUACAAUCCUCUAUCCUGAGUGAAAGCAAAUCUUUAGGAAGCAGGCAUGGUAGUGUAGUGGUUAGUGUAACGCUAUUACAGCGUCAGGGACCCGGGUUCAAUUCCGGCCACUGUCUGUAAGGAGUUUGUACGUUCUCCCUAUGUCUGCGUGGGUUCCCCCCAGGUGCUCCGGUUUCCUCCCACAUUCCAAAGAUGUAUGGGUUAGGAAGUUGUUGGCAUACUAUGUUGGUGCUGGAAGCGUGGCGACACUUGUGGGCUGCCGCCAGAACACUCUACGCAAAAGAUGUAUUUCACUGUGUG